ACUGACCUUUUCAUUCUCCCCAACACAGAUGAAGGUCGCUGUCGUCCUGCUGUCGUGCCUCGCCUUCGCCGCCUCCUCCCGGCGUCCCUACCCGAGCCGCUACCCAAGCUCCGGCGGCGGCUUCCCUGGCAGAGGCUCAGUUAUCGUCUUCCCCGACGAGGUCAAGGGCGGUGGAGGAAGCGGGGGCCACGUCCACCCUGGAGUUGGUGUUGGGAAUAUUUACCCCCCACCAGUCGGUCAUGGUGGCGAGCCUCUGGUCACUAGCCACUGCCCACGCGCUAUUUCCAAAGAUGUCCACGGCACCUUCCUGGGACACAACUACCACUUCUCUUGGUGCGCUGAUGGCGGCCAGCGCUACACUUGGGAGGCCGCCCGCGACUACUGCACCAGGCUGGGCCCCGGCUGGUACCCUGUGGCCAUCGAAAGUAGGGAUGAAGACAACUACAUCAUCGACAUUGUUGGCAGCCACCAAUCUCCCUGGAUCUGGACUGGCGGGAACACUUUGAGCAACACUAACUACGUCUGGCAAUGGCUGGAUGGAAGUUCUCUCAUCUACACUAACUGGGGACAGACUGGAUCAUUGGACAGACCACAGCCAGACAACGCCGAAAACAACAACGAACGGUGCCUGGCUAUCCUCAACCAGUUCUACGCAGGAGACUUCAUUACUUUCCACGACAUCGGAUGCCAUCACACCAAACCAACCAUCUGCGAGAACUCUAAUGUCCAGGUUCCCGUCCCCGUGCCCCAGUAUGGUUAAGAGCGAUGGCUAAGGUAUAAUAGGUUCGGAGAUAGUGACUGUCCAACGGCCUAAGAGCGAAGGGUUAAUGCUUCUGUUAAGGGGAAUGUAAUGGUCUUAAGUGGUGAUUAUUUAAAAAAGAAGGAAUAUAAAAUGCAGCGUGUGAAAGUCCAUGAUAGGAUUGUGUUCUUGUAAUUUAUCAGUAUUAGAAUAAGAGAAACUUGUGUAUGAGAGAGAGAGAGAGAGAGAGAGAGAAUAACUGUGAUGCUUCGAGACACUAAUUACGAUUGUUACCUGCUUUUCUGGGGUGUUCAUGAUGUAAUCAACUAAAGCUCAAUGGACAAACACACCUGUGACUAAAAUUUAAGCAGGUUAUUGGAUGAUAAUGUGACGUUAAGUGAAUAAAUUGCUUGAAUGUC